AUGGUGCAGAGUGGCGAUCAGCGAGCCGCCAAAGACAGUCAGGAUGAGGCAGAGCAGGCGUUGGUGCAAUUGCGAGAGGUAGAGCGGGUAGGAUGCGAAGAAGGGGAGGAGAGGUGUGACGUUUGUCGAGGAGAGGAGGCAGACGAGGAGGACAGCGAGGAACCCAGCGAGAGCGAGCAACCCAGCGACAGCGAGCAACCCAGCGACGUUGAGAUAGGGGCAGGGGAGAGCGGCGACGAAGAGAGCGAGAGAGAAGAGGCGCGGAUAACGUUGAAGCAGCAGCAGCGUGAGCGACAAGGCCCACGCCAGACGAUGAUCCAGCAGCGACAGCACGAGUUCGCGGACGUAGAGUGGCUGCGCAGGCAGCUGGCGCAUUGGACGAAUCGGUGCGCGACAUGCGAGGCAGCAGGCGAGAGCCAGAGCAAUCACGAUAUAGUUACGGCGAUGUUGGCGUGUAGAGAGCACGGAGAUUAA